AACAUUCUAAGUUGUAGCACCGUGCUGUCAAAAGUAGGAAGUCAAGAAUGUAGUGUAUAAUGCGGCAUCUCCUCUCAUUGAUCUCGUUUCCUCAUCUUUUAUGUUUAUUUGGGCAGUCUAAAACUACGAGUUCCUGGGCUUAUCGGUUGUAUUCUCUCUAAGAAAAGAAGUCCUUAUUGUGCAGGCACACGGAAUGCUGACCACACUGUCUUUGGAGCAAAAAAAAUCCAGACACAAGUUACACUAAUGCAGAUGAUAAGUCCCAGAAUGGCUUCAGGAAUGCAAGAGAAACAACACACAUCAUGUCUGGUUAGUUUUUUCAUUUACAACCCUACAUUUGGACCACGAGAAGGGGAGGAAGAGAAAAAGAUUUUGUUUUACCAUCCCAACAAUGUUGAGAAGAAUGAGAAGAUCCGAAAUGUAGGACUUUGUGAAGCCAUUGUACAGUUCACAAGGACUUUUUGUCCAACCAAACCAGCUAAAUCUCUGCAUACGCAGAAGAAUCGGCAGUUUUUCAUUGAGCCUGAGGACAACUUUUGGAUAGUCAUGGUGGUUCGAAACCCAAUGAACGAGAAACCAAGCAAAGACGGCAAACCUCCCACCAUAGAAUAUCAAGAAGAGGAAAUCCUUGAUACUGUUUAUGGUGCAGUUGUAAGGCAGUGCUACAGUAUGUAUAAGCUCUUCAAUGGCACAUUUGGCAGAGCAAUGGAGGCAGGUGGCGUUGAGCUACUCAUUCAGAAGCUUGAGAAGUUUUUCUACAGGUAUCUGCAGACUCUCCACUUGCAAUCCUCCGACCUGCUGGAUGUCUUCGGAGGCAUCAGCUUCUUCCCACUGGACAAGAUGACCUACCUGAAGAUUCAGUCAUUUGUCAACAGAGUGGAGGAGAGCCUCAGUCUGAUCAAAUACACAGCUUUCCUUUAUAAUGACCAACUGAUCUGGAGCGGACUGGAACAAGAUGACAUGAGGAUCCUGUACAAGUACCUCACCACCUCACUGUUCCCCAGACACUCUGAACCAGAGUUAGCUGGCAGGGAUUCUCCUCUUAGGCCAGAAGUUGCAGGGAAUCUGUUGCACUAUGGGAGGUUUUUGACUGGACCUACCAAUCUCAAAGAUCUAGAAGCCAAAUUCCGGUUUCCUAAAAUAUUUGUCAGUGCAGAGAAUGACUAUGAGGAGCUUCAUUUGAUUGUUUACAAGGCGAUGAGUGCUGUAGCUUGUAUCAUGAUAAGCGCCUCUGCAGAGCUAACAAGAAACUUCUGUGAACAGCUGGACAGUUUGGUGGGCCCUCAGCUUACCUUGCUUGCAUCAGAUAUAUGUGAACAGUUCACCCUUAACCGCAGGACAUCAGGACCAGAGAAGGAGCCCCAGUUUAAGUUCAUCUACUUUAACCAUAUGAACCUGGCAGAGAAGAGUACUAUCCAUAUGAGAAAGACUGCCAGUGUUUGCCUCACGUCUGUUCAUCCUGACCUCAUGAAAAUCCUUGGAGACAUUAACUGUGACUUUGCCAGGGUUGAUGAAGAUGAGGAAAUCAUUGUAAAAGCAAUGACAGAUUAUUGGGUAGUUGGUAAGAAGUCAGACCAGAGAGAACUAUAUGUGAUCCUCAAUCAAAAAAAUGCCAAUCUGAUCGAAGUAAAUGAGGAGGUUAAAAGGCUUUGUGCAACGCAGUUCAACAACAUAUUCUUCUUAGACUGAUGGCAUGGACAGCUGGAGAUACUUUCAUUGCACUAAAACUGUCACCGUUGCAGGGUAUCAUGACGGCAUCAGUGUAAUGCAAUAAUUGCAUUGUAAAAUAAAAUAAAAAUUUCACACCAAGUUAUUUUUAUUUUAUUUAAUCUACAAAAGUCAAAACUCUUGUAAUUAAAUGUAAAAAUCCAGAUUUUUACUGUACGUGUACUUAAUUUCUUGUUUUCUUUGUACAUAUUGUUUCUGCGGCUCUCAAUUUUGUUUUGUUUUUUCUCCCAAAUUACAUUUUGCUCAUGUAUUUUUAAUAAUUUGUAAUACAUAGUGGCAAUGUCUCAAAAUAAUUUAAAACUGACAUAACAGUUUACUUCAGGUUCCACUGAUGAUCAGUGAUACUUUUAAAAUAAUGUUAUAAUGUCAAAAUGUGUGCUUUGUAAACAACUGCUCUAAUUUUAAAUAAAUUAAUUUUAAGUAGUUUAAGAAAUGCUCCUUUUUAAUGUUGAUGAUGUUUAGAUAAAAUAAAAUGUGUUUUUAAAUCUUCAAA